GGGGAAGGGGUUUUGGAUCCAGCUCAGCAGAAGGACUGGAACCAGCUGUGGGAUUGCUGCCUGUUGCAGCCCUGGACCAUGGUGGGAUGCAGGUAUAGAUGGGUCUCGUUCACGGUGCUGCAGGGGGUGCUUUGACUCGAGAGGCAGAUUUGCUGCAGGUGAGGAGUGCAUAAAGCAGGAUGCAGAUCCAUCCUCUCUGCACAGAGCACCGAGGCUGGGCUCUGUCUCUGCGGGUUGUCGGGGCAGGAAUUUCCCUGAUAUUUCAGCGAGGCUCUGGGGGUGACGCCUCACAGUCGUGCCGGAGGGAAAUUCGGAGAAACCCCUGCCAGGGAAGGUCGGGGAGCUCCUCCAGGUGAAGCCCAGCAGCUACUCCGGGCUCCUGCCCCCUUUUCCCGUGGGAUGUGAUCUCCUGCUCCCUUUUCCCGAGGGAUGUGCCUAUGCGGAGGGAGGGUCCGAGGCUGUGCCCGCCCGGCCAGGUGUGCAGGCAGCAGUGAGUGCCAGCCCUGCGUCACGGGCAUCCCCUCCUCCCUCCCAGCUGCCAUAAAACUUCUCCUCACCUGGGAUCCAAUCUCAUUUAUCGCUGCUCGCACCUUUCUCCCUGCCAGCCCCUCGGGAGGGGGAGCGAGAACAAAGUGGGUAUUUGGCUGGAAGGUGCAGGGAUUCGCAGGGAGUGAUGCGGGAUCGCGGGCUGGCUGCGCUCCCCGCCGCACCGGGACUGGACGUUUAACCGGAAAGAGAAAAGGGACACAGAAUAGAGAGGAGGGAGAAAGGAGAAAAAAAAAAAAAAAAAAAAAAAAAAGGAAAAAAAAAAAAAAAAAAAAAAAAAAAAAAAGAGAAAGAAAAGCCCAAAGCUGGAAAUCAAACCGCAGCAGCGAAGCAGCACGUUCCCCCUCUGCCUUCGGAAGAAUUUCUUGGCUCGCUGUGUGGGUGCCUGUUAUUCGGGACAGGAUUUGGACUGAGCCAGACCCAGCGCUAAUGAGGAAGAAGAGGAUGAACGUGCUGCCAGGGGCGUGUGCCAGGCUGCUGCUCCUGACCAUGCUCUGCACCACCAGCCUCUGCCAAUGGAGCAAAAACAACCGCUGUGUGCUGUCCCGGGCGAGGAGCUGCACCGAGUGCCUCCGGGUGGAUAAGGAUUGCUCCUUCUGCACUGAUGAGGGCUUCGAGGAGCCGCGCUGUGACCUGCGGGAGAACCUGCUGCGCUCGGGCUGCGGCGAGGCCGGCGUCGUGUACAGCCAGGGGGAGAUGAGGACACUGCAGAAUUCCAGUAUCAACACGUUCCUGCAGAGGACACAGGUGUCCCCCCAGGCCAUGUUGAUGAGGCUGCGGGCUGGGGAGGAGAUGAGCUUCGACAUGGAUGUCUUCCAGCCCAAGGAGAGCCCUGUGGAUCUCUACAUCCUCAUGGACUUCUCCUACUCCAUGUCUGAUGAUCUGGACAACCUCAAAAGCAUGGGGCAUAACCUAGCGGACUUCCUUCAAGCCCUGACUUCCAAUUACACCAUUGGAUUUGGCAAGUUUGUGGACAAAGUCUCAUCCCCUCAGACAGACAUGAGACCCGAAAAGCUGCGUGAGCCCUGGCACAACGCGGACUCGCCCUUCUCCUUCAGGAACGUCAUCCGCCUGACCAGCAACAUCAGCGACUUCAGCCGCGAGCUGCGCAAGGAGCGCAUCUCGGGCAACCUGGACGCCCCCGAGGGCGGCUUUGACGCCAUCCUGCAGACAGCUGUCUGCAAGGAUAAGAUUGGCUGGAGAAAGGACAGCACUCACCUGCUCGUGUUCUCCACCGAGUCUGCCUUUCACUAUGAAGCUGAUGGUACCAACGUCCUGGCAGGGAUCCUGGCGAGGAACGACGAGCAGUGUCACCUGGACAGCCACGGCACCUACGUGUACGACACCAAGCAGGACUAUCCCUCCGUGCCCACCCUCGUGCGCCUCUUGGGCCAGCACAACAUCAUCCCCAUCUUUGCUGUCACCAACCACUCCUACAGCUACUACGAGAAGCUGCACAAGUAUUUCCCCAUCUCUGAGAUCGGGGUGCUCCAGGAAGACUCUUCCAACAUCGUGGAGCUGCUCCACACAGCCUUUGAGCGCAUCCGCUCCAAGAUGGACAUCAGGGCUGACUUCACCCCCAGAGCCCUGAAGACAGAGUUCACCUCCUCAAUGUUUGAAAAGACAGAAUCCGGCUCUUUCCACAUCACCCGUGGAAAAGUGGGACAGUUCCACGUGCACGUCAAGGCUCUGGAGUACGUUGGCGGGCAGCACGUCUGCAGCCUGCCCGAGAGGGAGCGGCAGGGAGUGAUCCACGUGAAAGCCACGUCCCUGAGCGACAGCCUCACCGUGUCAGCCGCUGUCAUCUGCGACGUGUGUCCCUGCGAGCAGCAACAAGAGUUGGACUCGCCCAAGUGCAGUUUCCACGGGAACUUUGUCUGCGGACAGUGCAUCUGCCACCCGGGCUGGAGAGGGGACACGUGUGACUGCUCCCCAGCGUCAUCCCCCAACAAUGAAGCCUGUAUCCGCCCCGGGGACGUGGAGCCGUGCUCGGGGAGGGGCGAGUGCCUGUGCGGGAAGUGCCAGUGCUACUCCGAGGAUCAGACCCUGCGCUUCGACGGCGCCUUCUGCGAGUUCGAUGUGCUGCAGUGCCCGCGCACCUCCGGCUUCCUCUGCAACGAUCGCGGCCGCUGCUCCAGGGGCGCCUGCGUGUGCGAGAGCGGCUGGGAGGGCCCGAGCUGCGAGUGCCCCACCAGCAAUGACACCUGCAUCGACAGCCGGGGGGGCAUUUGCAAUAACCACGGCAGGUGUGAGUGUGGCAGGUGCAUCUGUGACAUGGCCUCGCUGUACACCAGCUCCACCUGUGAAAUCAGCUACUCCCUGGGCUUCCAGGCUGUGUGCGAGAGCAUCCGGGACUGUGUCCGCUGCCAGACCUGGGGGACAGGCAACCUCAAAGGGAACUGCAGCUCCUGCCAGCUCCAGAUCCAGAUGGUGGAGGAGCUGAAGAAAGAGGAGGGUGGUGAGUACUGCUCCUUCCAGGAUGAGGAUGAUGACUGCACCUACCACUACAACCUGGAGGGAGACCCCAGUGUCCUUCCCAACACCACUGUCCGUGUGCAGAAGAAUAAAGAGUGCCCACCUGGGAGCUUCCUCUGGCUCAUCCCACUGCUCAUCUUCCUCAUCCUGCUCCUGGGGCUGCUGCUCCUGCUCUGCUGGAAGUUCUGUGCCUGCUGCAAGGCUUGCCUGGCCCUGCUUCCCUGCUGUGCACGAGGUCGCACUGUUGGCUUCAAGGAGGAUCACUACAUGCUGCGGCACAGCCUCAUGUCCUGCGACCACCUGGACACGCCGCUGGUGCGCAGCGGCUCGCUGCAGGGCAGGGACACGGUGCGCUGGAGAAUCCGCAACAACGCGCACAGGCAGGGCGGGGCCCCCGCCGCCGCCAGCCCCAAGGACCGCGUUCCCUACGGGCUGUCUCUGAGGCUGGCCCGGAUUUUCACGCAGAACCUGGGCAAACAGGACACCCGGGAGUACGAGCAGCUGCGCAAGGAGGUGGAGGAGAACCUGAAUGACGUUUUCAAGCACAUUCCUGGCUGCCACAAGGUCCAGCAGACCAAGUUCAGGUUACAGCCCAAUUCUGGGAAAAGGCAGGAAUACACCAUCGUGGACACAGUGCUCACUGCCCCUCACUCAGCCAAGCCAGACAUCAUCAAAGUGGUGGAAAAACACGUUUCCCACGAGGCUUUCAAUGAGCUGAAGGUCGCACCGGGUUAUUACACUGUGACCUCAGACCAAGAUGCUGAGGGGUUGGUGGAGUUCCAAGAGGCCGUGGAGCUGGUGGAUGUCCGUGUCCCGCUCUUCAUCAGGGACGAUGAUGAUGAUGAGAAGCAGCUGCAGGUGGAGGCCCUGGAGGUUCCCAAUGGCAUCGCAAAGAUUGGGCGCAGGGUGGUCAACAUCACCAUCAUCAAAGAGCAAGCCAGCAGCCUCAUCACCUUCCUGCAGCCAGCCUACUCCCACAGCCGCUUCGACAAGCUGGCCAAGAUCCCUGUCCUGCGGGAGAUCAUAGACAACGGGAAGUCCCAAGUCACCUACAGGACCCGGGACCUCACUGCCAAGAAUGGCAGGGACUACAUCUUCACGGAGGGUGAGCUGGUCUUCCAGCCUGGGGAGACCCGAAAGGAGGUGCAGGUGCCCUUGCUGGAGCUGACAGAGAUUGACACCCUCCUCAACAACUGCCAGCUCAAGCAAUUCGCCAUCGACCUCCUCCACCCCAAGUACGGCGCCAAGAUCGGCCGCUACCCCCAGACCACGGUGACCAUUGCUGACCCAGAACUGGUGGAUGGUGUCCCUUCGAUGACUGGCCUGGCCCAGGUCCCCCAGUCCCCCAAAGGCCGCCUGAGUGCACCACUUAAUCCCAAUGCCCGAGCCCUCAGCUCCAGGGAAAUCAGCUUCACCUGGUUUCCUCCACCGGGAAAACCCCUGGGGUACAAGGUGAAAUACUGGAUCCAGGGAGACCCUGAGUCAGAGGCCCAUCUCAUUGAUGUCAAAACCCCAUCAGCAGAGCUGACAAACCUUUACCCCUUCUGCGACUACGAGAUGCAAGUCUGUGCCUACAACGCCAUGGGAGAAGGGACUUACUCGGACAUCGUCCAGUGCCGCACGCUGGAGGAGGUGCCCAGCGAGCCCGGGCGCUUGGCUUUCAACGUCGUGUCUUCCACCGUGACCCAGCUGAGCUGGGCUGAGCCUGCAGAGACCAACGGGGACAUCACAGCCUAUGAAGUCAGUUAUGGGCCUGUCAACGAAGACAAUGCCCCCGCUGGGCCCAUGAAGAAGGUGCUGGUUGAGGACCCCAAGAAGCGCAUGGUGCUGAUCGAGAACCUGCGGGAGUCGCAGCCCUACCGCUACACGGUGAAGGCCAGGAACGGCGCGGGCUGGGGGCCCGAGAGAGAGGCCACCAUCAACCUGGCCACGCAGCCCAAGCGCCCCAUGUCCAUCCCCAUUAUCCCUGAUGUCCCCAUCAUUGAUGCAGAGGGAGGUGAGGACUAUGACAGCUACCUGAUGUACAGCACAGAUGUGCUUCGCUCUCCAGCUGGCAGCAAGAGGCCCAGUGUCUCUGAUGAUUCAGAGCACUUGCUGAAUGGCCGGGUGGACUUCUCCUUCCCUGGCAGUGGCAGUGGCAGUGGCACCCUGACCCGGACAGCCAACACCAGCUACCACCAGCUGAGCUCCCACGUGCACCAGGAGCACAGGGUGAUGGGCAGCUCCUCGCUGACCAGAGACUACUCCACAGUGCUGCUGGGGCAUGAUUACCCGGGGACACUCCUCCCUCCCAUCCAUGAAGAUGCUGGGAGGACACUCCUCUGGCCCCGGGACGUGGGUUUCAGGAGCAGGGCAAAGGUGAAGGGUUACUACCCCAGCAUUGGCUGUCGGGACUCUAUAAUCAUGGCUGAUGGCUCUGCAGGGAUGUGCAAGUACAUAGACCCCAGGAAGCCUCUGGGCAUCCCUGACACCCCCACCCGGCUGGUGUUCUCUGCGCUGGGCCCCACGUCCCUGAAGGUGAGCUGGCAGGAGCCGCGCUGCGACAAGGAGGUGCAGGGCUACAGCGUGCACUACCAGCUGCUCAGCGGAGGAGAGGUGCACAGGAUCACCAUCCCCAACCCCAGCCAGAACUCGGUGGUGGUGGAGGACCUGCUGCCCAACCACUCCUACAUCUUCAAGGUGAAGGCGCAGAGCGAGGAGGGCUGGGGCCCCGAGAGGGAGGGGGUCAUCACCAUCGAGUCCCAGGUGGACCCGCAGAGCCCGCUCAGCCCCGUGCCAGGUACCCCCUUCACCCUGAGCACCCCCUGUGCCCCUGGACCACUGGUUUUCACUGCCCUCAGCCCGGAUUCUCUGCACCUCAGCUGGGAGAGACCCCGUGAGCCCAACGGGCCCAUCCUGGGCUACAGGAUCACCUGUGAGAUGCUGCAUGGAGGAGGGGAGCCCAGGACAAUCUAUGUGGAAGGAGACAACCUGGAAACCACCCUGACUGUGCCCCACCUGAGCGAGAACGUCCCGUACAAGUUCAAAGUGCAAGCCAACACCACCCAAGGCUUUGGGCCAGAGAGAGAAGGCCUCAUCACCAUUGAAUCUCAGGACAGAGGUGCUUUCUCCCAGUUUGGAGGACAGCAGUAUACGAGAGAAGUUUACAAAUUCCCCACUGAAUACACCACCAAAACCAGUAUCAGCCAUUCUUCCCUGGAUCCCCAUUUCACAGACGGGGUGCUGGUGAGCACCCAGCGCGUGGAGAACUCCAGCAGCACCCUGACCCAGGAGUUUGUGAGCCACACCGUGAUGGCCAGCGGGACCCUCACCCAGCACCUGGAGAGGCAGUUCUACGAGGCCUGAGCCCCAGCACCAGCAGGACUUCUGGGAUCAGAGGCCAGGAUUUUAUGGGACACCCCAAGGUGCUUCAUCCAGGCAGCUCCUCCCGCAGCACAGCCCCUCGGUGGCACUGCAGGCUCUGGGCUUCUCCUUUGGAGCCCAGCACACCCAGAGCUCUAGCACAGCUCAGUCUGUAAGCUCAUCCUUCAGGGCAGAAAUUGGGCUGUCUUCAUUGCUUCAGCCUCUCCUGGUAAAUGGAAUGAAAUUAUUUUAUUGUCAGGUCCUCGGUUUUGAGAGGAUCUCAGAUGUCAAAAUCAUCAUUUAUAGAGAGCCACCAUUUCCAGCUUUGCUCCAGGUUCUCUGGCAACUCACCUGUCCACUGGAGAUGGUUCUUUUGUUCAGUAUGGGGGUUUUUAUGAGAGCUGCAAGGUAGGGUUUUGGGGUAACCUGUGCUUUCUUACUGCACCUGUUUGUGCCUGUCCUUUGCUGCUGACAUUUGGUACCACGAUAGCAAGGAAUAACUUUUCAUUUUGUGUUGCAUUACUUGAUGGCCUCUGAUGCUUUUUUGGUUUUUUGCAUACAAUA